AGUCAGCAAAACGUGUUGUGAUUGAUUUGAAGUGAAAAGAGAAGAGGAGGGCUGGUGAUUUCAGUACAAACAGCUUCUGUCCUCGUCGGUCCACGGUUCAUCUCUCCAGCUCUAAACAUGCUGCUGCUGCUCCUACUGCUGCUGCCAUCAGCUGAUGGUCAGACUCAGCGGGUUACAGGCGAGAAGAAGGAUGACUCGUGUGAGUGCGCGGUGGAUCCAAACCUGUGGUCGUUCCCGGCUGUGAAGUACGAGGCUGUGCUGCAGAAGGUCCAGUCCUGUGAAGUAUCUCUGAACUCUCUGCAGGAACAGGUGAACUUGUCCAGCCAGCGUCUCCCUGACAUGCAGACUCUGGUUAACAACCUGACAGCUCGGCUGGAGCCUCAUCAGUACUUGAACAACCUGGGCCUGUACGCAUCUUUGCCACUGCGCGAGCUGGUCGAAGAGCUCAGUCAGCUGGAGACAAACGUUGGUGCCAUCCACAGCCAGCUAAACAACGCCCAAACACAGAAACUCUCCAGAGAGGUGCGUAAACUGCGUACAGAUGUAGACAGGAUGGAGAGGUCCGACAGAUUCAACAUGAAGACUGUGAAAGAGAAACUUCGCUACCUGAAGAACAGCGCCGAGUCCUGCAAGUCGAUCCCGACAGACUUCAAAGGCCAGGACAAGGUCUGCCUCAAGGGUCUGAUCACCAGCAUUAGCGAUCCUGUAACAACUAAAAUCACUCCGCAUGGUAAGACCUACAUCUCCGGGUCAUGGGGCAAACAGGCUAUGAUGAACAGCGAGGGGCAGAAGAACAGCUACUGGUUGCAGACUCUAUACAGCAGCCACAUCUGGGGCUAUGACCUGCGUGUAUAUCAAACCUACGAAGACUUUAUGGCCUCUGCCAACCACCAGGACUUCACCGUUGCUCCAUCAUACACUGACGCCAAGACUGUAGAGGGUCCAAGUGCAGUUCUGUAUGGUGAAGCGCUGUAUUAUCACUGCUACAAGAGUCCAGACGUCUGCCGCUAUGACCUGAAAACCAACGCUGUUAAAAGGGUGACACUUCCAGGCACCGGCGUGGGUUUCUACAACAAGUUCCCGUAUUGUUACUUUGAUUGCCGUGCCUAUAGUGAUGUGGAUGUGGAGGCAGAUGAGAGAGGACUGUGGGCCAUCUAUGCCACCGUGGGUAACCACGGUAAUAUAGUGGUGAGCCGGCUACUUUGGGACAGCGAGACUGAGACGCUCAACGUCACUCAGACGUGGGAGACGAGGCUGUUCAAGAAGGCGGUGAGCAAUGCCUUCAUGGUGUGCGGCGUGAUGUAUGCCACUCGUUACGUGGACGAAUACCGCGAGGAGGUGUUCUACGCCUUCGACACAGCGACAGGCAAACACGACGAGUCACUAGCACUGCCGAUGCAGAAGAUAGCUAAAGGAGUGGCCAGUCUGAGCUACAACCCCACCGACAAGCAGAUCUACAUGUACAACGACGGUUAUCUGCUGGCCUACCAGGCCAACUUCUGAUCUGAAGCUGUACUCUAACCCAAACCCCUAAGCCUAUGUAUUGUAGGACAGCAACUAACAACUAUUCUGAUUAUCAAAUAAUCUGUUAACUAAUCUAUCAAAUCAGUGACCAGCUAUUUAGAUUAUGAAUCACACAAUUACUGAGCUUUCAAAUGCAGCUUGGGGUCGAUGUUCUAGACAUGCGAUUAUCAACAAUAAAGAGAAUAAAGAUGAAUACUUUGUUCAAGAA